UUAAUGGAUACCCUAAUGACUUAGAAAGAAUUGCCAAAGAAGUUCUUCCCGUUAACUUAGUGUGACAUUUCUAACGCCAUUCAACUCUCUUACACCUCCAUUCCCUCAACCUUUCACCGAAUCGGGCUUGCCGUUACUUCCCUUCGCUCGCCAAAACACGGUUUCUAAACCUCCGGUUAACUUCAACCGAUUCAUUCUCAGACUGCUGCACAUCCGCUUCAGUCAUCUUCUCUGGCGUUCUGGUACUCUUCAAACAAGAAGAAAAAUGGAUCAUUUGAUGGAAAUUGACACAGAUGACGACUUUCCUGAGUUCACCUUAGCAGAGAUUCUAGAAAUGGAGAGCAUGUUUAAGAGUAAGGGUGAAAAGACUUUUGAUCAAGAGAUCUGUGAAGAGCUUGCUGCAAAGUUCAGUUCCUCACCCUAUCGGUCUGGAAAAUCUUUGAUAUCUUGGGAACAGGUUAAAACUUGGUUCCACAACAAGAAGCAAGAUGGGCUGAUGAAGAAAGAUACUCUAUUAUCUCUCAUUGACAAAACAUGUGUGACUCCUCAUUCUGUAAUAAGACCAAAGAAAACUGUCUCGUCUGUGCGGAAGCUAGCCUCACAAUAUGCAUCUGAAAAAUACGAGAAGCCCAUUGGUGAAAGGGCAGCAGAGCUCUCGGACUUGGCUUUUGAAGCUCUCUCGGCGAAGGACUUAGCUUGGUAUGAUGUUGCUACAUUCCUCAACUAUCGAGUUACUCAUUCGGGUGAACUUGAGGUUCGUGUGAGAUUUGCUGGAUUCAGGAACGACCAAGAUGAGUGGGUGAGCGUUAGAAAGGGACUUCGUGAGCGUUCGAUCCCCCUAGCUCCAUCAGAAUGUGAGAAAGUGGAGCCUGGUGAUCUUGUACUAUGCUUCAGGGAAAAUGAAGUUUAUGGAUAUGCUUUAUACUGUGACGCACACAUUGUUGAAAUUGAAAGAAAUCCACAUGAUAUCACAGCUUGCACGUGCAUCUUUGUUGUUCGGUAUGACUUUGAUAACUUCGAGGACAAAGUAGAAAGUAACAAGAUAUGCUGCAGACCUACCAAAUAAGGUAAUUAUCAAGUUAAAGGUUUCCCCUCUGGAUUCGGUUUUCCUGUGCAUUAACAAGGCCUUGAGAGGAUUUAAGACUUGUUUCUUAGUGCCUUUUUAAUGCAUGCAUCUGUUUGGCUGCUGUGACAUUUAGUGGUAAAUGAGAGUUUUCUUUGUAAAAUUCCCUUUUCCUGGCAGCGCAACAAGCUAGCCAUUGACAUUCCCCAAUGAACUUGUGGGACUUUGGUGUAUGGAUUGACCUUAUAUCCCCAAUAAUGUCUAGUGAGUACUCGAGUAUAUGAUCAGUGUACAAAAUAUCAAUAUUUUGGUCUCUAUUUAUUCAUUUCCUUCAACUUAAUUUACGUUGUCAAGCUGGAUAAA